AUCAUGGCAGAGUAGAACAACUGUUAUUGAUCUCAUUAUCAUAAAUAUUUUAUGUUGUGAUUAUGUAACCAGUGACAGUGUUUGUGAUGAAAACAGUAUGAAGUAAAUAACAAAAAUUUAAAAUACAGUAUUAAUUUUUUGAUAAUAAAUAAUGCAGGAUAAAAAUUACCAAGGAGAUAUUUUUCGUGAUGGUCCUUUGAGAUAUUUAGGCUAUACAAAUGAGGUGGGUGAAGCAUUCAGAAGUCUUAUUCCAAAAUCACUUGUUUGGACCAGUUAUGUCAUUGCAAGUGGUUACGUAAUUUCUGACACAAUACACAAAGGACAAAAAGAAUAUCAAAAACAAAAAAAUGAUAAUGAGAAUAAAAUAUCAAAUGUUUUACUAUCAACUGCUGAUACACUUUUGUGGCAAAGUUUUGCAUCAGUUAUUGUACCUGGUAUAACAAUUAAUAGAAUAUGUGCAACAGUACAGUAUUUACAAAAAUAUAGUAAAAAAACAGCUAUGAAAAGUCGAUGGUUAUCAACUGCAAUUGGUCUUAUUUCAAUUCCAUUGAUUAUUCGUCCAAUUGACAGAGGUGCUGAUCAAGCUAUGAAUGCAACAUUUAGAAAAUGGACUGGUUAUCAACCACACAAAAAUCAUCAUGAUUAAUUUAUUAAAAUAAUUAUUAAUUAGACAAUAGAUAAUAAUUAAAACUUGACAAGUAGUACAAAUUUUUAAAAAUUAAAUUUUAUAUACUAUUGUAAAAUUUUUAUAGUUGUUUGAAAUUAUAUUUUAUAGUGCUUUUGACAUUCCAACUAUUUUUUUUUUUUUAUUUUAAAUUAUUUCAAAUUGUAAAUCAAUUUAUUAGAAAUUUUUGUAAUUAGAAUAAAUAAAAAAUGUUAAAAUUAAUUUUAAAAAACUUGUUGAAAUAAAAAUUUGAAAAAUAGAUUUGAUAUUUUUUUAAGAAAUAAAUAAUGCUUGGAUCACGAUGAGAAUUUUUUUGAGAAUAGCUGGAGCUUGUUUCUAUUUAGUGUAAAAAUUUUAAAAAAAAAUUAUGGAUGCAAUUUUGUAGGAGAAUUUUUAUAAAGUCACUAAAAUACGAUUUUUUAUUUCUAGUAGAAAAAGUCAAUGAAAAAAAUUAUAGUCAGACACACAGUGCUGUUACAGUAGUAGAUAUUAUAUUGAGCGAGACGUGGGUUGUGAAAACGUCGAGAAAGAAGCCAAGCGAUGGCGUUAGUAGUAAAUUUUUCAGUCAAGGAGAUAAAACCAACACUGGUCGUACAGUCUGACUAACACGUACCAUUUCUACUGGCCGGCAUUUUCUACUAUUUAUUCCAACUUAUUGAAAACAAAUAAAUAAAUAAAUAAAUAAUAAUAAUAAUUUAACAAAACUCAAUACAAAUACUGCUAAAUUAAUUU